AUGGGGAAGCUGGGGAUAUUACUUGUGAUAUUAUCGAUAAUGUGGAGGCUUCAAUGUUCUAUAGAAACAGCACAAGUUUCUAGCGAGCCCAAGAAGCCUGGCCAUACCAUAUCAAAAGGGCAUAAGAACUGCGAUUUGACGCUCAAUCUUCAAUUGGGUAGUGUAUUGAGAAGCAUGCUUCGAUACUAA